AUAGAUCUUCCUCCACUCCAGCUCCCCUCUCUUGCUGUUGUUUAUAGUAAUGUGGAGAGAGAAAGAGGGCGAGUGGGAGAUUUUUGGAUAGUUGCUUCGUAGGAAUAGUCGAAACAGCAAGCACCAAUUAAACUUAUAACACGCGACGCAGAGAUUAAUGAUAGUGGCCAGUGUAAAUACUCAGUCUCUGCAAACCAGGGCAGACAUGCUUGCUCAUCCUCAAGGAACUUCUGUUGUGAGUGAACCGAACAUGGUUAAAGUGCACCCUUUACCACAACAACCUGGUGCCGUUGAUAUAUCUGUUGUCCCCUACGAAAGCUUCAUGCAACACCCGUUCUCACAAAGUUCCACCCAGCCUGUUACCCCCAAUGCCUGUUUGCCCUCACAUCAUAUCCCAAACCCUGACACUGUCCUCAUCCCUCCCAACCAGCAUCUGAUGCAACCCAACAGUGCCAUCAUACACCCCACAUACAUUCAGCAACAGCAACCAAUGCCUCAUACUAUGUCACAGUCGUCACCGGUUCAAUCACAAGAAGGCAUUGUGCUCCCUACCUACCAGCAGCUUCCUCAGGGCCAUGACUUAGUCCUGUCCCCUCACCAUCACUAUUCAGGCCAGCCACAUGGAACUGUCAUCCUAACUCCCCAACAGAAUUCCUACCAACACCACGACCCUAUGGCAUCCCAACAAUAUAUUCCGCAGUCUCAUGUCCCUUCUCUUCCUGGAGUUCUGUUGUCGCCUAUCCACCAGAGCCCUCAUCCUCUCCAUGACAGUGUAUUGCAUACGUCUCAUCCGAUACAUGAGAGUGUAAUGCACUCGUCUCAUCCCCAGCCAUCGUACGCUCCGAUGCAUGGAACCCUAGUUUCACCGUCACAGCCACAUUCUGGAAUUCUUCAGACUCCCACUGUUUUGACGAGUCAUCCACUACCGUCUGUGCAGAUGACCGGCGCGGCCCAUGCGGCCCCUGUUGCUCACCAUUACCCCCCCGUUCAGCCAUUCAACUCCGUGCUGCAUCCUCAGCAACAGCAUUCUCAGAUGCACAGCAACAUCAUCGCGAAUGCGCACCAGCCCACUUCUCUGCUCCACACUGCCGUGGUACCUCCUUCGCCGUCUCAGAAUCCGAAUACGAUACCCGAGGCUGUCGUGCCACCCGCCCCGCAGCACGCCAUGCCCAAUUCCAUGCUGCAGCAUGCCCCAAUACAAGGCGCCCUCGUAGCAGCUCACCAACAACAGCAACACCCCCACCACCCCCACCACCACCAACAGCAACAGCAGCAGCAGCACAGCCCCUUACACAGAACAGGAUGUUUACCAGUACACAACCAGCAUCCCACAGUGGUUCCUCACCAGCCCGUAAGUUCUUUGUCUACCAUCGGUGUGGCCGGCAGCCACAACCCAUCUAACUCCCUCUACAGUACGGUAACCCAAUCACCUCAGCAGCAUUCGGUGAAGAUGGUCAAUAAUAAACACAUCACUUCUCAUGCCCCUCUUCCAACUCAGCCCCUACCUAAAUCCAAUGAGGUCGUUGCCUCCAGGCCACUGCCCCCAAAGAUAAAUGAGCCAGUCUAUGCCAGCACUCACCCCUCUCAUCAAUCAGCCGCUUCACCCAGCAAGCCUAGCACUUCAUGGGGAACCACUAAUGGCACAGCUUCUGAAACAAGUAGACAAAAUUCAUCCCAUCAUGUAGUCCCCAUUAAAAAAUUAGGCACAUUGGCAUUAAAACCAAAUGGAUUUAACGACCCAAGGGCACCACUGAAAGUUAAUCACCGAAUGAACAAAGAACCGUCUCCACCGUUCAAUUUAGUUUCCAGCUCUUUGACUUCUAAACCAGUUUUCAGCAAAACUAACUGCCCAAUCAACUGUAAGACAAAUGAAAGCCUGAAACCACCACAGAAGAUCGUCAUGGAAACGGCAAAGAAUUCUUCACCGACUGAAAAACUCUCUGAUGUCCUGAAUACUUUGCAACCCACUUUGACUGACACAGCUUCAAAAUCAACACUGAUGCCUGCUGCGACGUCAGCAUCUGCAGCUAAACCAACAGCAGCAGGUGCAGCUACUGCUUCUGGUGGUGCUGCUGCUGGCGCCGACUGUCAGCAGGCGUCAAAUGCAAAUGUAGAGACAUUACACAAAUCGACGCCUGUUUGUAGCAAUUUUGACGUCAGUGCCAACCCUGUCAUUUCUAACGGUAGUUUAAUAUGGGAAAAAGAUUCCUCGGUUAUUUCUCAACUAUCAUCGUUCUUCAAAAAUUGCCAACUUCAAGAUAAUCACUCACAAGGUUCAGUCUGCCCUUCACAACAAAUCAGGACAGAAUUGUAUCCUGCAAAGUAUAACAACAAGUCUUACUCAGUGGCAUAUCAGACACCAAUCUCAGAACCAAGCCCCACGACUCAAAGGGAUAGGUUACAUCUUACACUUUUCUUACAUUAGCAAAACGUGAAAUUUUAAUAAUUUUUUUGAUUUUAUUUCAUUUUUAAUUUUUACUCUUAACACUGUUUUUUCAAAGAUUUCUUCAUUUAGUUUUAGUCCCUUUUCUCUCAUAUUUUUCUAGUAUAACA